GUAAAACACACACAGAUUUUUCUCAUUCAAAUACUCAUCAUCACACUACUACUGUUACAUCUCAACUGAAAUGAACAUGCUGGCUCGGAACGGUGAUCAAAACAAUUUCCCACUCGAUUCAACCUUUCUUUGGAUUAAUAAUUGUCUAAUGCAAAUAUUACAACAAGCAAUGGUUUGGUUGGAUGCAGACAAGGAUUCGAGUAGGGAUUUUGUGGCCCUAUUGAUAACAAUUGUUGGAUCGGUGGCAACAUUGAUUGGAUUGGAAUUGAUUGGGAAAUUGUUACCAGAGAAGGUGAGAAGAAAAUUGGUUCAUAUAUUCAUGGGACCUGUUUACUUGUUGUUUUGGAAUUUAUUUGAGGGAAAUUCAUUGAAAUCGAGAGUGAUAUGUGCUUUGGUUCCUGGAUUUUUGACUUUUUAUUUUGUCUUGUUGGGAUUGGGUAUUGCAAAGAAUGAAUUACUUGUUAGGACAUUAUCGAGAUCUGGAGAUCCAAAGGAAAUUCUCAAAGGACCCACAAUUUAUGGAUUGGUAUUUGUGUUGAGUACUGUUCUCUUUUGGAGAAAUGAUCCAAAAGCAAUAGUUUCGUUAAUGAUCUUGUGUGGAGGUGAUGGAUUUGCAGAUAUUAUUGGAAGAAGUUAUGGAGAUAGUUUUAGAUUCUCUAAUUCAAAAUCAUUGGUUGGAAGUUUGGGAAUGUUUUUGGGUGGAUUUAUUUUCAGUUUUAUUUAUCUGAGAUAUUUUGAAGUGAAUGGCAUUCUUUCAUUUUCAACAUUUGACAAUGUGACUCAAUUGUUUAUUAUUAAUUUAAUUUGUACUGUUAUUGAGGCAGUUUCAUCUGAAGGACCAAAGAAAACUAAACUUGUCCAGAUAUAUGGAGAAGAUAAUGUUACAGUGUCAGUGGCUGCUUGUAUUCUAUCAAUGAUACUAUUUAAAUAAUUCGACCCUUAUUUAUGAACCAUUCCACAAUAAAAUAAACAAAACCUUUCUCAAAU